AAGUCUUGGGCUCAGACCUCUCUUUCGCCGCUGCGUUGAGCGCCAUCAGCGCCAUGGCUCACUUAACGGUGAAUCGGAAGACAGAAACGGAGAAGAUGAAUGAAGCACACGUCGCAGAGACGAUGGCGCAGAUCAAAAGCCUUCGUUAUCAAAGCUAUGCCAAUGGAAAACCAUGGUUGGAUGCAGAUGGGCGUUUGAUUUGGUCACAUUGGAGGAUGAAAGCAGCUGAAGUGGUAUUCUCACAGACCUUUGAGACUUGUAUGGGAGUCGUAAUCUUGAGCAAUUUGGUUCUCAUCAUGUACGAGGCAAACAAGGAUGCGCAGUGUUACCCUAUGUACUACAAUCGUUUCAAUGAAUGUCCUGACCGUAGUGAUGCAAAUCCAUGGCUCGUUGGUCUCAAUAUCUCACUGCUCAUCAUUUAUUCCAUUGAAUGUGUUUUACGAGCGUUUGUCGAGAGAAGUGCUUUCAUUUGGAACAAGUGGAACAUGAUCGAUCUCUUCGCGGUGGUCUCCGGUUGGGUUGGUCUUGCCAUCUCCGACUUUGUGAGCGUCACGUUGCUGCGGAUGUUCCGGCUGGUGCGGGUGGUGCGAGCGCUUCGUGUUUUGAUCUCAGUGCCAGAGUUCUACCUUUUGAUCACUGGCUUGGCUUCAUCGAUCAAGGCAAUCUUCUUUGGAGCUCUCAUGCUGGCUUCUGUGAUCGUUUUCUGGGCUGUGAUCUCAGUGGAACUUUUACACCCCAUUGCAAGUCGCUUGACUUUCGAUGGAUGUGACAGAUGUGCUGCCGGCUUCGAGACCAUCUUCGCAGCUGCAUUGACCUUGUUCCAGCAGAUCGUGGCAGGAGAUAACUGGGGACAGAUUUCCAUCCCCGUGGUGGAAGAGGAGCCUUUGACCGCUAUUUUGUUGUUCUCCAUGUUGAUCACCAUAUCCUUGGGUAUGCUGAAUCUCAUCUUGGCCGUCAUUGUGGAAAGAGCUGCGGAAGCCAGGGAGAAUGAUCAUGAGGCCAAGAUCAAAAGAAAAGAAGAAGAACGAGCAAAGAGCAUGGAAGACUUGGCGAGUCUUUGUGCCAGCAUGGACGUGAACAACAAUGGCCUUAUAUCCCUUGAGGAAAUGCUGAAGGGCUACGAUGAAGUGGAGGAAUUCAAGAAGCUGAUGCAAGUCAUGGAUUUGAAGCGAGAAGAUAUGGCAAUGGUCUUCAAUGUCUUAGAUUCAGAGAGCACUCAGGAGGUUUCAUAUUUGGAGUUUUGUCAGCAUCUUGGGAGCUUCUUUAAAAGAGAUCCUGUGAUCAUGCAUUCUCUGGUGAAAUACUCCAUCAUGGAGCUGCGCAAGGUAGUGGAGCAAGAUGUGUUGAGAAUACUUCAUGAGCAGUCAAACAUGUUGAAAGCUCUCUUGGAAGGCCAUAGCUUUCUGAAUCCUUCCUGCUUUGAGAUGAAACUUUCUGAUGUCGCCGUCUCUGCCCCACCUCAUUCGUGUCGGGAGGGCGAACAGGUCUUUGCUCCAUUGGAUGCGGGCGACAGCGAGGUCUUCGCGCUGCUGGCGAAGGCAGAAGACCUGGCAUCAGCUCUAAGCGCUUCCGUGGCCACAGAGAAUGCCGAGGCCCUACACGAGACUGUCGUGAAGCUCCAGAGGCUGAUCCAAAUCAACGAAGCUCGAGAAGCUCAGGAAGCGUGCGAAGCUCAGGAAGGUGUUGGUGCUGGUGGCGUCGCAACUUGGCCGCCCCAGGUCCUGAAGUCAACACCUGCGGCCACAAGACCCGGAUCAGGGAGUCGACAGCCACGGUGGGAACCAAGUUGGAUCGGCCUUGUGAAAUGUGGUUGUGAAAGUGCCGUGGAGAACACCUCAGCGGCCAUCGAAGUACCCGAAGAAUAGAUUUGCCUCAAGUGUCACAAUUUGAGCGUUUCACCCUCUCUUGACAGGUUACGUUGAAAAAACUGC